AUGUCGACCACUCAAACCAAUGCAGUGCCGGACACGCAGCUGGGAUUGAGCUAUGAAGAAAUACAGCUGCUGCGCCAAGGACAGGCGGCUUUGGGGCAGGGCACGGGAGGAGGUGGUUCAAGCUCGUCGCGGGCAGCGAGUCGCGCCUCAAGCCAGGGACUGCUGCUGCUGGAUAGCACCUCGUUGGCGGCGUUGGGACGAUACUUUGACCGCGUCAUGAACCAGAUUGAGCAGCAGAUCGUCUACCUCAGCGAACAGAGCCAGAUGUUCACAAUGGCUCAGUUCGACCGGGCCGGCAAUUUGAUUGAAGGAGCAGAUGCCGAAAUCCAGCGAUACCACGAGCUUCUGCGGCAGCUAGACGAGUUGGAACUCGACUUCGAUCGGAUAAGGCAUAUCAAGGAGAUUGUACGCGGUUACAGAUCACGCGUCGAGGAGAUGGAACAGAGGGCCACCAUUCGUCGCAUCGGCAUGGUCAUUCCCACAGCCAUCGUCAUGGUCACGAAAGCUCCCGCCGGCACCGACACUGAGCUUCCCGUGGUUUGA